GCCCCUUCCGCCUUGUCCUUACUCUCUGCGUCUGCAGAGAUCAGCUAGCCGUGUGCCUCAGUCUCGCGUUUAAUGCCGACAUCUGGCAUGUAGGCGCUGGCUGCCCGCGCUCGCGGGAGAGGACGCCACAGCCGCCGUCCGUCGAUCGGGUUGAGGCGGCCAUCGUUACGCUCUGCCUCAGGGGGUUUUCGAGGGAAAACUCCAUCCUGCCCGUCCUCCCCUUCUCGGCGGGCCGCGCCCUUUUCCCCCUCCGGCCCGCGCCGCGCGCCAGGGACAGGCUCCUCGGCGACGACGUCUCGCAGGACGGCGAGAGCGCGGUGCGCAAGGUGUCCAACUCUGCCUCGGGGCACUGCCCAGACAGCACCACGCCAACGCCCGAGCACCCGUUCAUCUUCUACCACGCCGAGCAUUGCAACGGGGAGGUCCUGACCCACAUCCUGGUGGAUGGCCUGAAGGCCCUGCCGGUUACGAACACCACCGUCGGCAGCGCCAUCACGGCGCGCCGCACCCCCGCGGCGGCGGCGGGCCCCGCCCCCCUCGGCAGGGCAGCG